UAUCCCAUACGUUGCUUUUGUAAUAUCAAAAUGGAUAGUCCCAAAUCACCUCUUCAACCACCGACCUAUGGAAACUUGGUUACAAUCCUCAGCAUUGAUGGUGGUGGCAUUAGAGGGAUAAUCCCUGCCAUUAUCCUAGCUUUUCUAGAGUCCGAACUUCAGAAAUUGGACGGAGAGGAAGCAAGGCUCGCAGACUACUUUGAUGUGAUAGCAGGAACAAGCACCGGUGGUCUGGUCACAGCCAUGCUCACUGCUCCUAACAAGGAAGGCCGACCCUUAUUUGCAGCCACUGAGAUUAAAGAAUUCUAUCUCGAAAACUGUCCAAAAAUCUUUCCACAAGAUCAUUUCCCAUUCUCGGCCGCUAAAAACUUGGUGAAGUCCUUGACUGGUCCUAAAUAUGACGGUGAAUACCUUCAUCAACUUAUCCAUGCUAAAUUGGGUGAUACAAGGUUGCAUCAAACACUUACCAACGUUGUCAUUCCAACGUUCGAUAUCAAGCAUCUUCAACCUACUAUAUUUAGUAGUUUCGAGGUAAAAAACAAUCCUCUCAAGAACGCAACCCUGGCUGACAUUACCAUCUCAACUUCAGCAGCCCCUACAUACUUGCCUGCCCAUUUCUUCAAAACUCAAGAUUCAGACGGAAACGUCAAAGUAUACAAUCUUAUUGAUGGCGGAGUUGCAGCUAACAACCCGGCUUUGGUGGCCAUUGGGGAGGUUACAAAUGAGAUAACAAGAGGGAGCAGUGACUUUUUCCCGAUAAGACCAAAUGAUUACGGAAGGUUUCUUGUGCUUUCCCUUGGAACCGGAAAUCGUAAAGCCGAAGAGAAAUUCAAUGCAAAGGAAGUAGCUGGUUGGGGAAUGUUGAGUUGGUUAACACACGAUAAUUCUACACCUCUCAUUGAUGCUUUCACGCAAGCUAGCUCCGAUAUGGUUGAUUUUCAUCUCUCUGCCGUUUUUCGAGCUCUGCAUUCCGAAGCCAACUAUAUUAGAAUCCAGGAUGACACAUUAAAUGGGGAUGCUGCUUCCGUUGAUAUCUCUACUGUCGAGAAUCUCGACAUUCUUUCCAAGACAGGAGAUGCACUACUCAAGAAACCUGUUUCAAGAGUCAAUCUUGAAUCAGGUUGUAACGAAAAUGCUUAUGAAGUGACCAAUGAAAAUGCCCUCAUCAAGCUAGCAGGAAUACUUUCAAAAGAAAAGAAGAUCCGAGACUUGCGAUCUCCUCAUGGAAAAGCGCUAAAUAGGGAAUAA